AUGGGCAGCAGUCCGGACGAUGAAGGACCUGACGGCGGGAGGGCGGCGCUCAUGUGCACAUCGUGCGGCUGCCACCGGACCUUUGACAGCAGAUGGUGUCCCCGUGAACGGUCCACGACGAGAGAGUCAGCGACGGCGCCGAUCUCAACGGCAUGUCACUGCUGA